AGAUUAGAGGAAUAUUUGGAAACGAGGCGAUGACGGAGUUAUCGCCGUCGGAGAUCGAGUACGUGAGAUAUGGUGGUGAGCACCACCUGCCGCUCAUCAUGGGACUCGUCGACCGCGAGCUCAGCGAGCCCUACUCCAUCUUCACCUACCGCUACUUCGUCUACCUCUGGCCCAACCUCACCUUCCUCGCGUUCCACGAGGAGAAGUGCGUCGGGACGGUGGUGUGCAAGAUGGGGCAUCAUCGGAACAUCUCACGGGGAUACAUCGGGAUGCUGGUCGUCAUCGAGCCCUACAGGGGCAGGGGCAUCGCAACAGAACUUGUUACUAGAUCUAUCCGGGUGAUGAUGGAAUCCGGAUGUCAAGAGGUAACACUGGAAGCCGAAGUGACAAACAAGGGAGCCCUUGCAUUAUAUGGCCGCCUAGGGUUUAUCAGGGCGAAAAGGCUGUUCAGAUACUAUUUGAAUGGCGUCGAUGCUUUUCGCCUAAAGCUAUUAUUCCCCAAAUGCAACCCCAUGUUGCUAGCUACAUCAAAUAAAAAUGGAGGCGAUGACCAACCUGUUAAUCGCUUAUAGAUGUCUCGGGAUUUCUAGCCCAUUUAACGAUCUUGAGCAUGAUCUUUCUAUUGAAGCGUUUUGUGAUAACAGCUUCUGAAAAUUUUUAUCGGUCUCCAUUUGGAGCUGCAAAGCAUUUGGCUGCAGAGACCACAUCGGUGAUAUUUUGUUGUUCCGUUGAUAUAGUCAGUGUUUCCUAAUUGGGGCACGGGAAAAUAUUGAAGAAUAUUGUGACAUCUUGUGUUAUAUUAAUGAAUAUGCUCUCAAUUACGGUA